AUGUCCGCCUUUAACUCAGACGAGAAGUCUCGUCUGCCGACCCGUUCCCCGGCCGGCAGUCAGAAGACAGUAGUCGAUCACGAUGCAAUUUUCACUCAAAACGCGGAAGCACUCCCGACCUCGAAGCCCAAGGACAAUUCUCUGUACGAGAAAGCCGGCGAUGGAUCCGCUGCAUCAACAUCGGAAGAUGACGGCAACGACACGGAACUAGAACGUCGCCAGUCGAUCGUGCAAGAACUAGCUCGGGAGUACACGCGACACUCCGCGGUCAACAUCGAUGGAGACAGCAUGGCAUUGUUCGGCAGCGAGGAUCCGAAUUCGCCCCUCAACCCGAACGGAAAGAAUUUCAGCGCUCGCAAGUGGGCAAAGACUCUUGCCAAUGUCACCAAUGAGCACGGGUCAGGAUAUAGAACUGCUGGUUUUGUUUACCAGGACUUGAACGUCUUCGGAUUCGGCCAAGAGACGGAUUACCAGAAGGAUGUCGGAAACGUUUGGCUCGAGAUUCCUGGUCUCGUUCGCAACCUCACCUCAAAGACCGGAGGCCAACGCCGCAUCGAUAUUCUCCGCGAUUUCAACGGCAUCGUAGAGGCAGGCGAGAUGCUCGUCGUUCUUGGACCCCCAGGAUCUGGCUGCUCUACCUUCCUCAAGACCAUCGCUGGAGAGAUGAAUGGCAUUUACACCGAUGAGCGUGCCUACUUCAACUACCAGGGUCUUUCGGCAAAGGAACUCCACAAGCACCACGCCGGUGACGCCAUCUACACUGCCGAAGUCGAUGUCCACUACCCUCAACUUUCCGUGGGCGAUACCCUCACCUUCGCGUCCCGUGCCCGCUGCCCACGAACCCUGCCCCCUGGUGUUACCGCCAACCAGUACUGCGAUCACCUCCGCGACGUCGUCAUGGCCAUGUACGGCAUCAGCCACACCGUCAACACCCGUGUGGGCGAUAACUACGUCCGUGGUGUCUCUGGUGGAGAGCGCAAGCGUGUGACUAUUGCCGAAGCGACGUUGUCCAAUGCUCCUUUGCAGUGCUGGGAUAACUCAACCAGAGGUCUCGACUCCGCCAACGCUGUCGAGUUCUGCAAGACCCUUCGCUUGCAGUCUGAGUUGUUUGGUCAGACCUGUGCCGUCUCGAUCUAUCAGGCGCCUCAAAGUGCUUACGAUCUAUUCGACAAGGUUGCCGUUCUCUACGAGGGCCGUCAGAUCUUUUUUGGCUGUACCACCGAGGCACGCCAGUACUUCAUCAACCUCGGCUUCGAGUGCCCAGCCCGUCAGACUACCCCUGACUUCCUCACUUCGAUGACGGCGCCUACCGAGCGUGUAAUCCGUCCCGGUUGGGAGUCUCGCGUACCUCGGACGCCUGACGAGUUCGCUGCGUGCUGGAAGGAGAGUCGCGAGUGCGCGGCUCUCAAGCAGCAGAUUGAGCAGUAUAAGACGGAUCAUCCUUUGGAUGGCCCGGAUGCCGAAGUUUUCAGAAACCAGAAGCAGUCGGUCCAAGCCAAGAACCAACGUCUCAAGUCUCCCUUCAUCCUCUCGUACGGACAGCAAGUGAAACUCUGCCUCUGGCGUGGCUUCAAAUUGCUUAAGGGUGACCCCAGUCUGACACUGUUCUCCCUGAUUGCCAAUUCGUGCACGGCCCUCAUCAUGUCCUCCCUGUUCUACAACCUCCCGGAAAACACGUCCUCCUUCUACAGUCGAUCCGCGGUUCUCUUCGUCGCCAUUCUCGCCAAUGCAUUCUCCAGUGCUCUCGAGAUUCUCACUCAGUACGCCCAACGGCUCAUCGUCGAGAAGCAACGUCGUUAUGCUUUCUACCACUCCUCGGCGGAAGCCUUCUCCUCAGUUUUGGUAGACAUGCCCUACAAAAUCACGAAUACCAUCUGCUACGACCUGAUCAUCUACUUCAUGACGAACCUGAACAGAGAACCCGGCAACUUCUUCUUUUUCCUGUUAACCACAUUCCUCAUGGUGCUGUCCAUGUCUGGUCUUUUCAGAUCUAUUGCCUCCUUGUCCCGCACAUUGUCGCAGGCCAUGGUUCCCGCGUCGAUCUUGAUUCUCGCUUUGGUCAUCUUCACUGGAUUCGUCAUUCCCGUUGACUACAUGCUUGGCUGGUGCCGAUGGAUCAACUACCUGGACCCUAUAGCAUACUAUUAG